UAUGACUUUGAAAAUAAUGGUGCCCCAUCUCGAGAAUCCAUAAAAAUUAUUGUCGGAGAAGAAACAGCAAUCUCUAAUGACAAUGAAUACAAUGAAUACACGGCGGCUGAAAUCACAAAUGAAACCCAAGAGCAAAUAGCAAUACAAAAUACAUUAAAUUUAAGAGAAGUUAAUGAUGAGCUCUUUAGUGUUUAA